AAAUUGAGCCCCACAUGGCGGCCCAAGCCAAAAUUCCUGUCGAUACUUAUAAUGGAGAAAUUUUGAUUCCAAAUUCCAAAAUUAGAGAUUGUGUAAUCAAGGAAACGCUUACUCAUGCUAUAAACGGUUAUGCCCUAGUUGACCUAGAAAAUCCUAGUAACACCUAUCAAGAAAUUUCCUUUAUGAUUAUAGUAGGAUAG